AUGGGCGGUAUCAUGAUCCCGUCAGACUACACCUCGGAUACUGUGCGCUACGAAGUUCUCACUGCAACAAAACUCACUCCACAAUAUCAAUGGGAUGAGGACCAUCCCCUCAAGCGAUUGGAACUGAGUGAACAGGAUAUCCAAGACAAGAGCAAAGCGGGCUGGUUACUUAAGAGUCUUGCCAUCCUUCAGAUUGUAUGGCUCGUUCUCAAUGUGAUCGUUCGCGGCGUUACAGGUUUGGCUGUUACUCAGCUCGAGAUUGCCACUGCUGCGUUCGCUCUCAUGGCAGUUUUGACUUACUUGGCCAGCUGGUGGAAACCCAAGGAUAUCUCCGAGCCUACCUACACCCGUCAUUCGUCCACGGCCUUCGCUAUGGUUCAAAUCACCCGCCACGGCAGCCAAUUCAGAGGUGUCUAA